AUGAAGGCGCUGCUGCCCCACCUGUGCAUUAUGCACCUGUGCCUGACCCCUUCGCCAGUGGAAGGGCACACACGAAGGGGACUGCUAACUGGAGCGAAUCUGUCUCCACAGGGAGGAGAAAUACGCCCCCGUGUCCCUGUGGUGGUUCCUAAUCGUGUCUUCAGAAUUAGGUCUGUUGCAACACAACCUAGCUGUUGUAAACGACCGAGCGAAUGCCCCCCUGUUGUUACACGUGAUGACUCCAGCACAAGUGAGCGAAAGAGCAAAAGAGGAAGACACCCUUACCGGGGUUCACUCCAUUUUGUUGAAGGCAUAUCCGCCGGGGUGUCGCCCCGUUUGCGAGAACUUGGUAUAGCAACCGCAGGAGGGAGAAGAAGAAAAAAAAAAAAAUUUUCACCCAUCUACCCAACAACGGGGGAAAAGCAGUUACCCCUACGUUUAUUACGAAAUCAUGUACUAGACUCCCUGACGGUCUGCAAAAAUGAAUCCAUAUCUACAACAGUCGCACUAAGUGGGGGCUUAGAAAAGACGAGGGACCUACUGGAAGAGCUUUACCAAAGGGGCGAUGUCAGGGGAAGUCCCUUUCCCAAGUAUGCCUUUUUUAAAAACACAGACGGUUUUUUAGGUUUAGAAAAAAUUUACAAGAUAUCGAGAAGAAGGAGGUGGAACACUACCCCCUCAUGGAGUUCAUUACUUCAGGAAAAUCAACUGCAUAAGUACAUUAACCAAAUAGACGACCUUAAGGGAUUAUACAGCAAAGAACUAACGGCUAGUCUAUAUACCAUGAAGCAGAGAGAAGAGAAGAGGUACCUGGACCGGUACAGUCCCUCAGAGUAUGCCAAGUCAUUUAUUUUUUUAUUUCCGCCACCGAACUUGUCUGGAGAGUUACACGCGGGACACUACUUCAACUUCGUUCAGCUUCACGUGCUCUUACUCUUCAGUAGGCACGUCUGGUCCAAGUUCUCCCUGCCGCUGUACGGCGCAGACCACGGAGGACUGAGCGCUCACGCCGCGUUCUCCAGAGUAGCCAACCCAAAGUGGACCAGAGAAAAGUACAUAAGCGAAAUAAACCGGUGGCAGGGAAAGCUAAAGGAAAAAAUCCUCACGUGCAUGCAAAAAAUGAAUAUCGUAGUGGAUAGGAGCCGCUUCUACAACACCAUGGAUGAAAAUAUGAAGCAAAUUGUAAAGGACACUUUCCGCACAUUGUAUAGGAACAACUUUAUUGUGAAGAAACUUUACCCUGUGUAUUAUUGCCCUCGGUUGGGAACCAUCGUUUCCAAACUGGACGUAGAAUUCAGGGAGGCGCUCCACCCUAAAUGGAGGGUAACACUGCGCCUGGUGGAUGGUGGGGAAGAAUCGCAUGCAGACACAUCCAGUGACUCUCCCCAUGGGGAUACCCCUCCAGGGGAAAAAUCAAAAGACAAAAUAGGAGAACAGCCCAACUGUAAGUAUACGAAGAACUCGCAACAAACAAAUGAGGUGAAGUUUUUCCCACAAAGCUCCCACCAUUUUUUUUACUUAAAAAGUACUCAUGAAGUGCUACCUGAACUUACCCCAUCGGAGUGCAUCCAUGUCGAAGUAGCCAACUUGGAAGAGUUAAAAAAAGUUGUAGCUAUUUUGUACUUUUCUCCAAAGAAGGAGAAGCGCUAUAGGGGCAAGUACGCCUUGCUGCCCCUUCUAAACAAGGGAGUACCUUUGAUUUGUGCCAACGAGCGGAACGUUCUACCAGUACUGCGAAGUGGGAAGAUACAGGAGGGAACUUUGCAUGAAGUGGGCCACGGUGAAGGCGCUGGGGAUGUAUUCAUCCCGGUGUUUUCCAAGGAGGAAAACUUUAACCACUAUGCGAAUGGGACAAGUUACACAGACCAAUCGGAGGCAUUACAUUACGCCAAACGGGGGAAACAUACCCAGAAUAGCGGGACUAAAAACUGCCAAGAGGAGCAGGGACUCCUCCCGCUCGUGGAACACCUGAUGGAGAGCGGUCUGGCCAAAGUGGUAAUCCCACGGGAGACGCAACUGAAGUGUGCCUUUUAUAAAAAUAACGAAUGUGUACUGACCCUGGCGGAGCAGUGGUGUCUGGACUAUGAAAAGCUGAGCAAAAUAUUUUUUGAUGGUCCUCAUGGAAGGGAAAAAAAAAGCUACAGAAUAAUUCCUUCCAAAUAUGGGGACUACUUCACAGGGGCAUUUCCCCCCCCCAGUGAGUGGACGUUAAGCAGGCAAGUCCCCUACGGGCACCCAGUGCCGCUAUUUAAGUAUGAGCCUCCCGAUGGGGGGGUAGAGAAAGACGCCCUUUUGGGAAACUCCUCCUGCUAUGUGUACGGCAACGACGUGGAUGAAGCUUACCACAAUUUAUCUAAGUCGAAGCAAUUCCAAGGUAUCCAAAUCAGGAGGGAGUUUCUAAAACGGGAGGAAGACGUGUUGGACAAUUGGUUUUCCUCCUCCCUGUACCCACUGCACUGCAUUAAGGAGUUGGGGGUUGAUUUGUUCCACUUUCUGCGGGUCAGGAAGAGUCUGGUGGACUUCCUCCUCACAGGGAAGGACAUUCUGCAGCCGUGGGUGGUGCGCAGCUUCGUGGUCCUGAACUAUGUGAUGCAGCAUUUGGGGGGAGACCAAAACCCUGAGAAGAGCCGCCUGAACAAGCACGCUGACAUGAAGACCGAUUGUGCACCCCCACCACUCGUUGGCACCGUCAAAUUCCACGGCAUUUUGAAAGACCAAGCGGGAAGAAAAAUCAGCAAAAGCGAAACGAACGCAACCUACUAUGAUAGCCUCGUGCGGGAAGCGAACGUGGAUGAAGUAAGGCUCUCCUUCUGUUUUAUCCAAAGGGACACAGAGGAUGUCUACCUAAGUGAAAACAUCAACCGGAAGAGCAGAAAAUUCUUAACAAAGUUAUGGAACAUUGCAAAAUAUAUUAAAGAGAAGUGUCCUCCCCAGUCGUACGAAGAAAUGAACAGAUGGUUCGCCUCCACCACAUCUAACCCUAACCUUAUCAUACUUACCCAUUUAGAGAAGAAUCCCCAUGCAAGGAUCUCCCACAUAGGCACCUUUCGUAGGUACCUCCAGAUGCUGAAUUCAGUUCUGUGCCAGAUGAAAGAUUAUCAAGUGGGGAAGGCCAUCAACAUAAUUUUUAACUUUGUAGUGAAUAUUUUUUCCAAGUUUUAUUUGACUCUCCAUUCCGGUGGAUACUUCAAAGAUGGAGAGGACAAAUUGGUUAGCAACGUCCUACCCGUUUAUAUCUUCAGGGGGAUCCUAAAAAUUAUAUUUCCCUUCGUUCCACAUAUAGCAGAAGUACUUUUCAUUAGGCUUUUUAGAAAGGAGCAAAUGGACAAGGUUGGAAAAUGCCAACCACCAUUCAAUGCGUCUACCCCCCUGUCCAGCAACUACGAUUUGAUGAAGAAUGAAAUGCUUCCCCCAUUUGAGGAGAAGUCCUCCCCGCUGGACAAAUCCUUCGAUGUCUUUAUGCAGUUGUAUACCCUCUUGGUGAAGUACAAAAAGGAGAAGUACUCCCACCAGGGACACACCGUCCAUAUCUACCUCAAGCAGAAUUAUGAUGAGGAAGUACCAAUUGAAUACUUCAAAAAUGAGGAAGCCUCUUUGGGGAAACUUCUCGGAGAGAAUGUUCGAUUUUCAUUUGGUAAUGAAUCUCCGUUGGAGGGGAACCCCGCUGCUUAUCCGAGUACCGCAUGGAAAAUAAUACAUGAUGACCCAUCCUUCACCAUUACAGUUGGGGAGGGACCGUCCUAG